GUCAAGCAGAGAGACUCCACCUUUUCACUGUUUCUGUCAGCCCUGCUGUUCAAGUCUGACCAGUCCAACUUCACUCGCUUUCAGAGCAGACUUCGCUGCUGACUGAGAUGCGCCGCUCCCUCCGGCUCUCGGGAGAAAGAUGAGUGCGUUUAAAAUCCCAAGUAUUUUAAGAAGACAUCACAAAAAACAUAUCCAGCCUAUUCUCUUCGAAUAAAUCACCCGAGGAAGAAAACCCAGAGGAAAACGCAUCCCAGACUGGCGGACCAGUGCAGAAGGAAACUACAGAAAGCCCAGCAGAUAGAAUGGCUUUUGCUGACUCUGCAACUAAGUUGCUAACUGACUUGGCAAAGGUUUUCCAGGCUUCUGUGGAUCAAGAACAUCCGUCCUCUUCAGAAAAACCAAGAACUGAUGAAAAUGUUGCAUUAACCUCAGAUAAUGCAUCUAAUAUUAUGACACAGCCAGAAGAUGGAAUUCUGCGGAAGCUGGGAAGUUUUUUCAACAGGACACCAAAAUUACAGCCAUUGGCCCCCCCCGAAAGUAAAAACGGGAGCAGCCGAGGAUUGAGCACAACAAAUCAAUACGGAGCCCGCAAGUCUAAUCGGAAAGAUUAUCCAAAAAAGAAGCCUUUUCAUGAACAAGUUGCACAGGUUAUUGACAAUGAUGGCAAAGGAACUGAUAGAAACACACUGGAGACAAGUCACCCUCCGAGCUCUUCCACGGAGAACAAAUUUGUACGUUCACAGCGAAGUGACUUGGAUAAAUUGAACAGUGUUCCUCCCAAAGCAAGCAAAAUAUAUUCAUCCUUGCCAGGACAACACAUGGAAAAUGGAGGAAUGGAGGAAAAACAUAAUGCCACACCUCGUAUCACGGAUUCCACAACCUACCGGAAACUCAGUGGAAGCAAUUUGAUGGAAAGAGAGGAGAGUUCAAACAAGAAAACCUCUGACGGGAAAAUCGAACACAGGGAAAAUAAUCAGCAGAUGUUAGAAAAUGGAGCCCUUGAAUCGGCUAAUUCUGAGAUUGGACUCGGUGCAUUGCUCCCACCAGUCACCACUUAUUCAACUUAUCACGGAGCAAGGAGGAUAAAAAGGAGGAGGUCAAAGAAGAGAGUAUUUAUACCAAUCAACGCCCCAAUCUCUGAAGUAGAUGAAAAGAAUGCAGGUGUAUUGGAUGAUGAGCAAAUUACAAAUCGAGUGCAAGAAGAGACUAACCAAGAUAGCACAACCGUGACUGGGCACCUAAUGCCUCUGGUGGAUGUGAUAUCCUUUACAAAUCAUGCUGGUGAGAAGGACAGAGCCCACCCAGUGAGAUUCUCUUCAAAUGAAGCUGGGUUAGUGAUAGACACAAAUACAGAAAAUGAUAAACCCGCACAACAAGCCUCUCUCAGUGCCGUGAGCAGAGAUGUAGCGGUGACUGGCCAACAAAAACAAGAAAUGGCAAAGGUGGGAAGUGGAGGUAGCACAUUGAGAACAGACACAAUAAACACCACCAAGGAGCGAGCAUUCGUGUCGGACGCACCGCAGUCAAACGCAACUGGCAAGAGUAUCCCAGCUGACUCGGAAGAAUAUUGCACUCCUGCAGGUCCUGCAACAGUUUUAAAGUUGGAUGAUGCAGGAAAGCGGGCUGAAAAGACUGAACUUGUGGAGAAAGGACUGAUGCAGGAAACAACAGAGAACAUUACUUCUGCUCAGACAAAAAUUGUCUGUGUAACAGAGCCAGUGGGAACAGUCCAUGUGAGCAGCGGGGUAGAUAUGCCACAAAUAUUACCCAGUGGCGCUGGUGAUAAUUAUGACCAACAGUUGGAAGAUGUCUGCAGGACUCGGACAAAUAAACACACAAUGGUGUCAGAUACCUUUGAAAUGCAGAGCAGCAAAGUGGGCAUUCCUGCCGAUGGCAUACAAAUACAAUCUCAAAUAAAGGACAGUGGAACAGGGAUAUCUACUGGGAAACUUACAACCGGAAAAAAAAAUGAGAUCGAGAAACCAUCAGGAGAAAGCAUCCAAACAAUGCAAAGGAAACAAGAAGCCAUUAUUAAACAUGCCGAUGAUGAACAAUGUCCUGAAGUUUUGGAAAAGCUAAUGAGUAGGAAUUCAUCCACUGCUGAAUUAAUGCAUGAAACAAAAACUGUAGAGAGAGAUACCAGUACUAAUACAGACAGCAAAUCAUCAAUGUUUCAGAUGAGUCAACGUCUCAAGACACCAUGUGCAAUUGUUUCAGAAAGAGCUUCAGGUGUGAUAAAUUCAGCUGGAAUUAACGGUUCUGAAGCUAUGUCAAUGGUGGAACCUCAGACGACAGCAGAAGGGACCAAUGUACUGAUGGAGAAAUCGUUCGACAUUCAAAACCCAGACCUCUUGCUGAAAACCCCUUCUGAGAAAGAACAUGAGCACCCCUCAGAAUCCCUCCUGGGCAACCAGGACUCUUUGCCUGAACCUGAGGUUUCUAGAGGACCCCGGCUUUCCAUACCAAACGAGAGUGUCUUCUACAGGUACUAUCAAGAAACAGCAGAUGCGUUAUUGGCUCGGGAAAAUAAACACUCAAAUAGUGAGAUUAUUGCCGACUCAGCCGACAAAGAAAAUCAAUUUGCUGGGGAAAUGCAGGACCAAAGUAAAGCAUUUGAUUUUAGUCAAACACAGGACGGUAACAAUGAGAAAGCCAAGGAACCAAGCACCAUCUUUAGCCCAUCAGAAAAUAAUGUGUGGUACAGAUGUUUUCAACAAAGUGCUCGCUUGUCAAACACAGGGGAAAAUGCACAGUCUGACAUGGUCAGUGAAGCACAUCUGGAGAACAGAGAGGCCAAGGAAAUCAUACACUCAACAAAGCCAUUUGCUUCAGCAACUAAUUCUGCUACUGGAGUAUUUCAAGACACGUCACGGGAAUACGCAUUGAAUGAUUUCAAAACGCAAGAUGAAGAAACACCAAAAGGGAUUAAAAAUAUUGAUAACGACAAAUCCAGGUUGCCAUCUUCAGUCGAAGCAGAAAGUAAAGAGUCUGUUUUAAAGAUAAGUGUUAAGGACAAAGAAAUCUCCAUUCAAUCAGAGGCAGAAUUAACAAGUGAUGUGUGCACAGUAGAUGUGUCCCAUACUCGGCCAGUAGAAACAAACAGCGGUGACUCUUUGAAAGAAAAGGCGGAAGACACGGCAGAGAAGUUGAUAUAUUCAGCAAUGCCAGGAACACCACGUCCCCAGCCAAGUACAACAGAUAUCAACGAGAAUGUCACCACAGAGGAUAGUCUUAAAAAUCCAAAUACAAUUGUGGACGUAAAGGAUACUAUUGAUGAUGUUGAAGUGAAAGAAAAUAAAGAUAAAUUGGAUAGGCGUCACACUUUUGAAGAGAUGGGUAAGGAAGUAGAGGAGAAACUACACAUUGGUGGUGAGAAAAAACAUGAAGGGAUGCUGCAGGAAAGGCUAGAGGAAUCUAUAAAUAAUGUGAUACACAGUGCUGCAGAAGAAGAUAAAACCAUGUCCAUAGAAACACAGGACAAAGUUUCUGAAUAUGUUCCCUCGGUCCAGAAUGCUGCUGAGAAAGACGACUCAGUGGUGAUUGAUUUAACUGAGGAUAGCACAGGGUCGUUACCUAAAUUGUCAUCGGACAGUAAUCUUGUACCUAGACACGCUAUUGAAAAAAUAACUGGCCAGGAGGCAAGUACAGGUCUUUUGAAACUUGUCGCAAGUCACGCACCUGUGAUUACUGAGUCAGUCUUCAAAGCUGGUGAGGACAAAGCGAACACUGGACAAGCACAAACACAGCAGCCGAGGGAAGAAACAGAACUGAGGGGGGAGUUGACAAAACCUGUGGUUGGUGCAGAGGAUUCCUGGCCAGAAACAUCUCCAACGGUAACAAAAAUGGAAAAUCACCUUAGCGAUUCUGUGGACCGGGAAUUAAAAGGAAAACUGUCAGAGAAAAGUAGUAUUAUUGAACCGGAAGGGAUUACUGCCUUGCUGAGACCUGAUUCUGCAUCAUUAACACAAUCAGAUGAUACCCAGAGCAACGUAGUUGCUGAUUUGGAAAUCAAAGGAUCAAACUCUAAAGAAGAAAAUAAUUUUCAAUCGGAUUCUGUCAAGUUAGGGUUCGGGAUGUCCACACUCAUUGGUGACCAGGGAAAGCCCAUACACCAAAACAUAACGCUCAAGAAAGAUGGAACAAGGACAGCUUCUGGGGUAAAGACCAGGCCCAUCUAUCCAUUACUAGAUUUAAUUCAACCAUUGAACAAAAUCGGGCAAAAAAUAUUUCCAGAAGAGGAACCGACCAGCAAGGGGACAGAAGCAAUCUCUCCUAUACUUGGAGAAGCCCAGCUGCCUUUGCCAAUCUCUGUCUCGCGAUCAGAAGCAAAAUCAGUUAUGGAUCAUAUAUCUUCCCCUGAAGCGGUAACACCACAUGCCCAGCAGAGUCAUACUGUCUUCAGUGAAGAAGCUGCCACAGUAGAAACGGAUUCAGAUCCCGCAACUAUUGCCAGCUUAAAGGAUGCUGCUGAAAAUGCAGAUUUAUUAAAAGACAUGUACAAUUUAAUUGCAAGCGACACAACCAAAGCAUUGCCUGAGAAAUUGGUGAAGGAGGUGCAGGUUGGUGAAGUGCAAGAGAAAGAAGUGAUGCAGCCAGAGGUAAAACAGCAGUCUGAAAAUACCACAAUGUUCAUCGGCGAAGGAGAGAGUGAAGGCUCGUCUCUGAUAACACAGGGAACGGUUUCUGAAUACAUUCCUGCUGUCCAUGUUGAUCAUGAGAACGGUAGAUCAAUGACAGAUGGAUCAGAUGGGGAAGGCUUCAAAUCAGCACCUUUUUUACCAUCCAACACUAGUUUUGGAAGUACAGCUCCUCAUCACGAUGUAGCAAACCAGAAGCCAAGUACAGAUGCCCUUGGCAUCUCAGAAUCCGAGCUUAAAGCAGGUGAGGGCCUCGUGAAUGAUGGUCUGGCACAACCACAGCAGCCUGUAAAAGAAACAGAACUGAAAACUGAACUAGAAAACAAUGAGGUUAGUGCACAAGAUACCCGGUCAGAAACAUCUUCAACAACACAAUCAGACGAUCCAGACGCUGAUCCUUUGGACCAGGGAUUGGCAGCAGUAGUGUCAGAGCAACCUCCUAUUGUUGAUCCAGUGCAAAAUAGUGCUGUUUUUAGAAGUGAUUCUGCAAUAUCGACCCCUUCCAGUGAUUUUCCAGGAAGUACAAUGGCUGAUUUUGAGGCAAAUGCAGAGCAUCCCCUGAACAAAACCAAACGUAAAUCACUUUCUGUCCAGCUAAGGAUAACUCAGCAGGGCCGGUCAGCCUGCCAGGGCAAGUCCACUAAUCUAGGCACAAAGUCAGAAGAUGGAACACGGACAGUUUCUGCAAUCAAGGCCAGCUCCAACUACAUAUUACCGGAACUAUUACAUCCAGCGAAUGAAAUGGAACACAGAAGGAUACAAAAAAUGACACUGACUGACAAGGAGAUAGAAGCAAAUACUCAGAUACUUGGUGAAACCCAACUGCCAUUGUCCAAUUCCGGGGCAGCUUUUCAGGGUGACUUGGCCAUUGUGUCUGAUGCACAGUCAGCCGUGGAUCACAUGUCCUCCCCUGACUUGGUCACACCACAUACCCAGUACGGUAAUACUAUUAUCGCAAAGGAGGACGCCACGAAAGAAACAGGUUCAGAUUUGAUUUCUAGAUCAAAGGCUGCUACUGAAGAUGUUGAUUUGAAACGGGACACAAAUAACCUGAUUGUAAAUAAUGAAGCUGAAGACACACCUCUGGAAUUAGAGAAGAGAGGGCAAGUUAGCGGCAUGCAAGGGGAAAAGAAGAUACCUUCAGAGGUACAAAUCUGCACCAUGCUCAUCGAUGAAGGAGAGAAUCAAGCCUCAUCUCUGAUAACACAGGGAGAUAUUUCUGAAUCCAUCCACACAGUUCUCGAUGCUAAUGAUGAAGGUGGCUCAACAGCACCAGAGUCACAGGAGGAAAGUUUCAUAUCAGCGCCUUUACUGUCUGUGGAGACAAAUUGUACAGCUACAGACCCUAAUCAAGACCAAACAAGUCAGGAGCCAAGUACAGUUCUCUUAAAUCCUACAUCUGCAAUUAAUCUCCCUGGCAUCACAGAAUUGGUGCCUAAUGCAGGGAAUGACAAUAUGUAUGAUGGUCAGUUGCAAACACAACAGCCUGCAGAAGGUACAGAACAGAGAACUGAGUCGAGAAGCAUUGCAGUUGCUGAAGAGGAUUCAUGGGCAGAAAUAUCUUCCAAAAUGGCCAAUCACUACAAUUCAGUGGGCCAAGAAUCGGUAGGAAAAGUUUCAGAGGAAUGUAAUAUUAUUGAUACAGCUCAGAGCAUUGUCUGGUCAGGAACAGAGUCUGCAAUAUCAACCCAUUCAAAUUAUUUUCAAGAAAAUAUAUUUUAUGAUUUUGAGGAAAGCCAAUCCAAUCCGUUUGCUGAUUUCACAUUUAUAGAAGGGGAAGAAACCCAGAGAAUUCCUGAAAUGCUGAAGAUGUUUGAUCUUGAACAUGAACAUAUAACAAAUACAUAUGAUGGUGGUGAUAACAUGGAAUAUAAUGAUGAAUAUUUUGACUAUGAGAAUGAAAUGGAACAGGAAGCAUUAAUCCUCGAGACAUCAUUGAGCCACAGCUGCAGAAGAAGGAACUUCUAUCCUUUUUCUUUACCGCCAAUAUAUGAGGAACCGGAUUUAGAAGCUGAGGCAACAAUGAGUAUCUCUAGUAAUACCCCUUCUCCGACUUCAGAAGCACAGCAUUUUUUUAAUGAAUCUGUUCCAUCAGUUCUUGAAUCUGCAGUAAUAAUGCAAGGAAAAUAUAUGCUACAAGAAGUUGAGGAAGAUGAUGACAAUCCAACUCUUUCUGUUGAAGAUGCAAGUCCAGAUUCUGUAGGAGAGAUGGGUCCUUGUCUGGUUGAUGUGAGUCCUGAUUGUGCUGGAGACGUGACCACUGAUUCUGCUGGAGAUGUGACCACUGGUUCUGCUGGAGAUGUGACCACUGGUUCUGCUGGAGACGUGACCACUGGUUCUGCUGGAGACAUGACCACUGGUUCUGCUGGAGACACGACCACUGGUUCUACUGGAGACACGACCACUGGUUCUACUGGAGACACGACCACUGGUUCUGCUGGAGACACGCCCACUGGUUCUGCUGGAGAAGUGACCACUGGUUCUGCUGGAGAAGUGACCACUGGUUCUGCUGGAGAAGUGACCACUGAUUCUGCUGGAGACGUGACCACUGGUUCUGCUGGAGACACGACCACUGGUUCUGCUGGAGACACGACCACUGGUUCUGCUGGAGAAGUGACCACUGGUUCUGCUGGAGAAGUGACCACUGGUUCUGCUGGAGAAGUGACCACUGAUUCUGCUGGAGACGUGACCACUGGUUCUGCUGGAGACACGACCACUGGUUCUGCUGGAGACACGACCACUGGUUCUGCUGGAGACACGACCACUGGUUCUGCUGGAGACACGACCACUGGUUCUGCUGGAGACACGACCACUGAUUCUGCUGAAGAAGUGACCACUGAUUCUGCUGGAGAAGUGACCACUGAUUCUGCUGGAGACACAACCACUGAUUCUGCUGGAGAAGUGACUACUGAUUCUGCUGGAGACACGACCACUGGUUCUGCUGGAGAAGUGACCAAUGGUAAUACAGGAGAGGUGAGCACUGGUGCUCCUGGACAACCAGAAGAACUGGUUCUUCUUUCUAGUUCUGUAGGAGAUGCGAGUAGUGGUUCUGUUGAACAUGCAAGUCCUCAAUCUGUUGGAGACGAGGUCUCCGCGUCUGUUGGAGAUGCAAGUCCUCAUUCUAUUGGAGAUGUCUCCAGUGGGCAUUCAGAACAGGCAACCAAACGUUCUCAAGCUGGAAGAGAGGAUCAAACAUUGCCCCCACAGUUGCCAGCAGGAAUUUGUGUAGUUGAUUCCAAAACCUCCUCAAAACCAAUGCCAUCUGCAGCAGCAGCAGGUAGUAUUUUCUACAGAUAUUUCCAGGCAUCUAAAGAAUCUGCAGCAGAGGUUAAACCAGCAUCGUCAGAAUUAGCUGCUGAAACAAGAACGCAUUCACAGCAGAAGCCUCCUGAAGAUUUAAACGUGUUAAAAUAUCCAUCAGUUUCAAAGUGUUCUGUGAAGGACAAAACCUGGAAAACCAACCCAAGGCCAGGGAAGAUGGUUAUUUAUGACCAAUUACCCUUUCAUGGAAACAAACGUGAAGUCUUCACUGAUCUAUCUGACACAACAAGCUGGGAAUUUGCUGAAGGAAUCUCUUUCAAUGUUAUCCGAGGAUGUUGGAUAAUAUAUGAAAAGCCUGAAUUUCAAGGCCAAUUGAUUGUUUUAGAAGAGGGACAAAAGGAACUUAAUAAACUCUGGGAUAAUAAUAACGUUUGCUUGGAUUCCACACCAUCCAAAAUUGUAAUUGGUUCCAUUAAAAGGGUUGUAAAGAAUCACUGCAUUCCAGAGAUUGAAAUCGUUCAUGAACCUCAUCAAGAUGCCAAUAAAAUGUACCUCACCAAUGAGGUUGCCUGCCUGGAGGAAAGUGGAAUAACACCCACUGUAUCUUCUAUUGCUAUCAAUUCAGGAAUCUGGCUCACCUAUAAUAAGGCAAAUUUCUGUGGCCCCUUUACCCUGCUUGAAGCUGAUAACAGCCCAGUUCCAGUGUUAAUUGAAGCAAAGUCCAGCAAUAUUAAAUCAUUACGGCCUCUAAAAAUGGGCGGACUAAAAGUAGAACGCCCUAUGUCUCCCAGGGUUGUAAUAUUUGAAAAAGAAAUGUUCAAUGGACAUUCCGAGGAAAUUUGUAAAGACAUUCCUGAUUUAAAGAGCCUUUGGGACCUAGAUAUGGAUAAUUCUGGUGGAGCGGGUUCAAUGCGUGUAAUUGGUGGAGUAUGGGUCGGUUAUGAAAAAGAACAUUACCGAGGGCACCAGUAUCUGCUGGAGGAAGGAGAGUAUGAGGAUUGGCAGGCAUGGGGAGGAUUUGACCACACAGUACAAUCAGUGCGGUAUAUUCUGGCGGAUUUUAUGAAACCAGAGAUCGCUUUAUUUGAGGAAGCAAACUUAAAGGGUGACACCAGCAUCGUUCUCAAUCGUCCAGUUCCAAACUUGGAAAGCAGAGGAUCCAGCACUGUAGCACGGUCAAUUCAAGUCAAAAGUGGAGUAUGGGUGGCCUACCAUGGAGAGCAUUAUUCUGGGGAGCAGUAUAUUCUAGAGAAAGGAGUGUACAGAAACCACAGCGACUGGGGAGGACCUGACAAGCCGAUCAAGUCCAUUCGCCCGAUACAACUGGAAUCAGUUGGAGGGAAUGAAGCACAGUUUCAGAUCCAAGCGUACCAUGGAAUUGGUUUCCAAGGACAGUGUGUUGAAUUUGUAGCAGAGAUGCCCAAUUUACCACCUUUACAACCAAAUUCGUUUAAUGUUCUUCGUGGAUGCUGGGUUCUGUAUGAUGAGAAUGAUUAUGCUGGCUCUCAGUAUGUGCUGGAGGAAGGUCUCUACCCAGACCUCGAUUCUCUGGGAUGCCUGUCGGGUAAAUCAAUCCGAUCCUUUAAGCCCAUCAUAAAGGAUUUUUCUAUACCUUCCAUAGGCUUAUUUAGCCUUGAUUCGUUUGAAGGUCAAGAACUGAUUCUUACAGAAGGAGCCAGCAGCUUGAAGAAGAUGGGAUAUUAUCAAUAUCCAAACUCAGUGAAGGUGAACAGUGGAACAUGGAUCCUCUAUGAACAUGCCAACUUUAGAGGAAAGCAACUGGUUUUGCAAAGAACUGAAAUAACAAACUGGAAUAAAUUCAGUGGAUGGAUAACCAUUGGAUCACUUCAUCCUUUAAAACAGCCUACAGAGUUCUUCAGAAUUAAAAACAAGGCAACAAGAACAUUUGUGACAGUUUGUGGAGAUUCCGAGGACCCGAGGGAGUCCAAGUUAUCCGUCUGUCCUGACAACGGUAAAACUACACAGGUGUGGUUUUAUUGCAAUGGAGUUAUUAAAUCCAAGGCUAACUCCGCUUGCAUAGACAUCAUCGGUGGUCAUGGAACAGCUGGAACAAAAGUAAAUGUUUGGACAGAACAUGGACAUAAUCGUCAGAGAUGGAAUAUCAACAGCAACGGAACCAUUACUUCUUUUCUAGAUUUGAACCUUCGACUUGACAUUAAAGGCGGUGAUUUCUAUGACAAGAAUAACAUCAUUUUAAACUUGGCAGAAGAACAACAACAAACACAGUUCUGGGGCAUUGAAAUGCUGAGAUGAAGCCGAAUACUAAAAACAAAUGGAAAAUUAAACUUUUUUUUGGAUUGAGCAAUCAAAACUAUAAUCAUUGCCAUGAAAAGUAACCUAAAACGUUAAUGACUUUCAGGCAACUUAACUCCAUACAUUUCAAUCCAAAUACUCACAACUGAGCACCAUUCUAGUGGCAAAUACCUGGCCAACAGAUACUGGGUUGGAGAGAAGAAAUUUUUUUUUUUAGAACUGUACAGCACAGGAACAGGCCCUUCAGCCCACAUUAUUCAUGCCAAACACAAUGCCAAAGUUAUAUAAAUCUCUGCGUGCAUAUGAUCCUUACCUCUCCAAUUCAUGCAUACCCAUGUUCCUAUCUAAAAGCCUCAAACACAACUAUCAGUUCCGCCUGCUCCACCACUCUAUGCAACAAAAAAACUAGCCCCUGCACAUCUCCUUUGCUUAUUCUCAGCUAAGACAUCAACUAGCAGCUCUAGUUUCAGUCAAUGAGUGUUGCAGAAAACACUACCAUGCGCCACAAUGCAACUCAGUUAAGGGGCACAGAUGCUUCCCCAAAUAGAGUAUAACUUAAAAUCUCAGUACAUUGACUACUAUUAGCUUCCAAAUCCACCUGGAAUUUACAUGGCCAACACAACACAAGCACAUUUAAAAAUAUCUGUAUAACAAUCCUAUUACAUGGAUAAACUCUGAUAUUUAACCUUUUAUAUUUUAUAAGACCACUAAUAUUUUUAUACAACCAUAGCUUCUAAUGAUAAAGCUUAAACUGGAUUAAAUGUUCUAUUCUGAUUUUUAAAUAAUUGUAAAUAAGUAAACAUUGUAUUUUUAUUUGUAAUAAUGUUCUUUAUCUGGAGAAAAAGAAUUACCAGAUGAAUAUCUUAAAACUAAGUAAUUCUCCAGAAAGUUAGCCUGUAGUUUCCUUGUACUUAGAAUGAGCAGAGAAGAACUGUACUUGAACUGCCUCACCACUUUAAUUCAAAUCAGCCACAUGUAUAUAGACCUGGCUCCAGGAAAAAGCAAUGCAAAGCUGACUCAAUGACUAUGUAAUUCAAUAUUUAAACCUUAGCUAAAGAAUAAUAAAUGUAGAUCUCUUGAACUACUGGAUUAAAAUGUUCUUCCAUUA